GCCCAUGGGCGUGCCGGUGGUGGCGCUGCCCGUCCCCAUCCCGCCCGAAGAGGAGGCCGCCUCGGCGCAGUCCUUCACGAAGCCCGACGGCUGGGACGGCCACGUCGUCAUCGCCGAGGCGGUCGUCCUUCCGAUGGGCGAGGCGGUCGUCGGCGGCGAGGCCGUCGCCUCGGGCGUGGACCCUGCCGGCGACGUGUCGGAAGCCAUCGCCGUGCCCGAGUCCGCGCCGCCGCCGCCGCCCGGCACGCUGCAGGCGCUGCGCCACCUCUUCGACACGAACGUCGACGACAGGCGCAUGGUACGCGGCCUCGUGCAGGACCCGGGACAGCAGCCGCUCUGGCAGCCGCUGCUCUCCGCCCUCACCGUCGAGCAGUACGCCGAGUGUGUCGGGCGGACAGGCCUCGAGUACGACAGGCCAGAGGUGGCGUCCCUCCUCGGCGAGCAGCUGGCCUCCGGCCUCACCUCGGCCCACGUCGCCGCGGCUCUGCGCACGACCACCGCGUACAAGACGCAACUCGUGCGCCGCGUCGCACGCCAGGUCGUUGACCUCGCGGCGGGCCGUCGGACGAUCGAGGCAGAGCUGAGCGAAUGGGAGAGGAUGCUGGCGAGGACCGAUCUAGACGCCGCCUCGAAGUGAGGGAGUGCAGGUGAGCAUCGACGAAUAUACGUCAACUUGUAUACGUCAACUUGUAUACGGGCUUCACCUCACAGCACACUCGUGCACACAGCAGUACGCAUUUUGUAAGAGUUGAUCUAUAGAGGGAUCCUAGAGUUA